AUUUUUACGAUUACGGAGAGAGGGUUAUGCGAUCACGCCAUUCACGAUUCACGCCGUUUUUCGUGAGAUAGAUGAUAGAUUUAUAUAUAAUGGCCGAUGCAAAUGUUGUGGAAACAUUGACAACUAAUGUGGAGAAUGAAAAGGAUCCAUAUGCAUAUCUCGAAAGGGAUGAUUUCACGUCCGAAAAGUACAAGAUAGAAAUACGUGGUUUACCCAAAUAUUACGGAAUUGGUGAAUUCAAAAAAUUGCUAAAUGAAAAGUUGGACUUACAGUCAUGUAAGGUGAAGCCACCCAGAAAGGGCAGUGGUUGGCUGUACGUAUGCUUCAGAAAUGAGGAGUGUCGUCAACGAGCAAUAAAUACUAUAAAUGGAAUUUCAUGGAAAAAUAGUAAACUUACUGCACAGGUGGCUAAACCAGCUCCAGAUCCAUUUGUGAAAAGAAAAUUAGAAGAAGAGUCUAGCAGCAAACGUUUAAGAACUAAUGCUGAAGAUCUAAAUUGCUCUCCGAUGGAUAGAAUCAAAUUUAUUACUACUCCUUUGUGGAACAUGCCAUAUUCAAGUCAAUUAGAACUCAAGCAGAAAGAAAUGAAAUCUAUUCUGAUGAAAAUUGGCCAGCAAAUGAUUAAAGAAAGUAAAGCAAUGACAGAUUGGGUGAAUUCGCAACAAAAAUUAUAUGAUGGGUUGCCUUGCAAACUGCAGAAUAUACUUUCAGCAGAUAUUAUUGAAGCAUACAGAAAUAAAUGCGAGUUUACAGUUGGUAAAGACAGUGAGCAAAACAAAAUUAUGAUAGGGUUUAGAUUAUCAAGUUACGCUUCAGGUUCUACAGCAGUUGCACCUAUUGAUGAUCUUUGCCACAUUCCUACAAGUAUGAAGAUUGCUGUAAAGAUACUAGAAGCAUUUAUAUAUGAGUCAAAUUUAGAACCUUAUAAUCCAGUCUGCCAUAGUGGAUACUGGAGGCAAGUUACCGCUCGAACUACUCGUGCCAAUCAUUUGAUGUUAAUAGUAGGAAUACAUCCUCAGGAUUUAAGUACUGACGAAUUGGAAAAAUUAAAAUCACAAUUGCGUAUAUUCUUCGAAAGCGGAAAAGGUGCCGAUGCUAAUGUUACUUCGUUGUACUUUCAAACGAUAGACAGAAAAAAUGUAGGCAGUGAAAGUAGUGACACCUUAUAUCAUGUUAGCGGUACAGAAUACAUAGAAGAAACGCUACUCGGGUUAAAAUUCCGAGUAUCGCCUCAGGCAUUUUUUCAAGUCAAUCCAUCGGGAGCGGAAGUUCUGUACAAGGCGGCAAUUGAUCUUGCCGAACCAACGAUGGAUAUGGCAGUACUUGAUGUAUGUUGCGGCAUUGGAACCAUAGGUCUCUGCUUUUCAAAGCAUUGUGGCGAAGUAUUAGGAAUAGAAAUUAUCCCCGAUGCUAUAAAGGAUGCGAAAGAAAAUGUUAUCAAGAAUGGUAUUACCAAUUGCGAAUUUUUUGUCGGAAAGGCGGAGGACAUUUUAUCACCUGUCAUUCAAAGGGCGACAAAGCCUAAUAUCACUGCCAUUGUGGACCCACCACGAGCUGGCUUACAUCAAAAGGCUUUAUUGGCACUGCGCAAGGCAAAAAAGUUGAGUAGAUUGGUGUACAUAUCAUGCGAUCCUCGUGCUGCCAUGAGAAAUGUAGUUGACUUAGCACGACCUAGUUCGAAGCAAUAUCUUGGUGAACCCUUCGUACCGGUAAAGGCCAUCGCGGUAGACAUGUUUCCUCAUACUAAGCAUUGUGAAUUAAUAUUGUGCCUUGAAAGGUUAUCGAACGCGAUAAAAUUGAGCGAAUGUAGCAAUCAAAAAAAUAUAGAAUAAAAAACGUUUAAAUAUUUCACUAA